AUUUUUCGAUAUAUACUUCACUGCCAAAUUUCAUCCCUCGAUCUCCCCGUUCUCUUCAACAAAACCCUAAUUUGAUCCGAAAAAUCUUACUCCUUCCAACAAUUCUCUGGUAAGAUUUGUUUUUUUAUCUUUUGUUACAUCUUACGAUUGAUGUUUCUGCUUUGGAUAAUGAUUUGAUUCCAAGGAUUAUGGUCGUUUUUUUGUAUAAGUGUUUGAAUCUUAGAUUGGGGUUUGGUUUGAUUUCAAAGUUUUUUUUUUCAUUUUAAAAUAAAUGGGUUUUGUUUGUUUAUGCUUCGUAAUUAAAGGAAUCGUCUUUAUUUAUUCAUUUCCAUCUGUCGUUCGCGUGAUGGUUUGGAUGUGGCACGUUUUAUAGCUUACAAGCUCUUUAUAAAAUCUAUGCCUUGGGUUAUUUGAUCAUACACGUAUCUGCUGCAUCUUAUUGGUGAUAUCUUUUGGAUCCAGAUUUCCUUUGAAGUUCAAGCGGUAUGGUUAAUUUGCAGAAUUUAGCUUUGGUAAUUCAUUUGAUAUGACUAAACUGAAGUUACUUGAUCUUAAUUGCUAUUUUGGUGCAUAUUUUUGAUUCAUUCCCAGUUAUCACAGUUAUUGCUGGUAGUAAAUGCAGCCUUGCUUGUUUGUUUUGAUGUUGUUUUCAAAAUCAGCCUAUUUUAAGAUCGAUCACAUUGUUAUGUUGCAUUUAUUUGGCUAAUUAAUGUCGUUAGAGCAAUAAUUGGAAAGUCUUGGUUGUGCUCGUUGUCACUCUCUGAGACUACGGUCAACUUCUCAAGGAGAUAUAUUGAGUUUGAAGUUUUGUUAGUAGAAAACGCAGGUCUCAGAUUUUUUUUGUUCUAGAAGCCAACUCUUUACUUCAGUCUGGUGGUUUAAUUUCUCAUUUGGCAAUCAUUGAUGUAUAGCUUGUCAGGUUUAUCUUUGAAAUGGCAAAAAGUGCCAGGGGAAGAGUGGGAAGACGUAGAAGUGUUUCACGACACUGCAGAACAACCCCAUACCCAAUGUUCACCUGUGGGCAGAACGUAUCGGACGACCUGAACGGAAAGAAAUCCUCCAUUGUUGUGCCCAUAAAAGAUUGGGAAGAUGUAACCUGCUCGGUAUGCAUGGAGUAUCCUCACAACGCUGUUCUUCUCUUAUGCUCUUCUCACGAUAAGGGUUGUCGCCCAUACAUGUGUGGCACUAGCUCCCGCUAUUCCAACUGCCUGGACCAGUACAAAAACGCCUACACAAAAGUAACACUGCCACAAACCACCCUAUCUUCGGUAGGACCAAAUGGUGGUCCUGCUUUGGACCCCAUUUCCGGUUGGCCGGUUGAAAAGUGUGAAGAAGGGGCUGAGCUCGCAUGCCCGCUUUGCAGAGGUCAAGUCAAAGGGUGGACAGUGGUGGAGUCAGCCCGAGAAUAUCUUAAUGCAAAGAAAAGAACUUGUAUGCAUGACAACUGCUCUUUUGUUGGAGGAUACAAAGAGUUGAAGAAACACGUGAGGUUAGAGCAUCCUUCCGCUAAGCCGCGUGAAGUGGACCCCGAUCAGGAACAGAAAUGGAGGCGGCUUGAGCGUGAGAGAGAGCGGGAUGAUGUGAUUAGCACCAUCACGUCAUCCAUGCCUGGUUCAGUGGUCUUUGGUGACUACGUUAUAGAAAGAAACCCAAACCCCCAUGGGUUGGAUUCGGAUGAUGAAGAGGGUUUUGAUAUGGAUGGUUUAGGACGAAACAACGGUGGGGGGCUAGAUAUGGGAAUCGAUAGCAACUUAGUCAACGUUCUUCUUUUGUUUCACGCGUUUGGUCCAGGUGGAAACAUGGGCGCAUUUGGAGGGAUGAGAAGACAUGAAGAUGACAAUGAUGAUGAGGGUGGUGGUGAUGAUGAUGGUGAUGGUGACAACAGUGGGAUGUCACUGGUGAACCGUCUGCGGCACCAGGGUAGGCUUUUAUUGGGAAGAUCAGGGAGGAGAAGGCGGCAUCGGGUGGUCAACAGAGGUCAAAGGUAGAGAUGUAUAGAAGGAAGGAAAGAAAGAAAGUGAAUGUAAAGAAGGGAAUCAGGAAGAUGUUAAAAGCGUAGGUAGUUUUAGGAAAGGAUAAAAAGGAGAAGUGGUUUAUUUGCUUCCCUGUCAUCUGUCAACAAUGGGAGGACAGAAGAUUUCUGCAAGUCUCUUUUUUUGCUUAAACUUACUGACCCACACAUGAGGUUCAGUAAAAAUCUUCUAAUUUCUGUUUGUAAUUCUUUUGCUGAUUCCCUGGACCUGUUUAUGUUCCUGAAUCUGAACCAUUCUUUAAAUCUCAAUUGCACCAAUGUAAAGAUGCAAUCGUUUUAUUCAGACGCUGCUCGUUUUUUGGCCCUUUUCAACAUUGAACGUUACAGAUGUGUU